AUUAAUGUGUGUCUCAUCAUUAUAGUUGCCAUUAUACAAUCAAUCCAAUUAACAAUAGCUUUUUCUUUCCAUUCUUUCAACCAUGGCAGACCCUUGCCCCAAUCUCUUCACCGGAUGCUUCAACUUCAUGCCUCUCAAUCCCCACUACACUUCUUUCAGUACUACUGCUCCCACUCCAAAUCACCCAAACCCGUCUUCUCAAGCUCACACAAGCAACAUAAUUUUCAACGAGUCUUCCUUUCACGGUCAAAGUACUACUCAUCCUUCUUCACCUCCUCGUAAAGAAGCCCUUCCUCUCAUCAAUUAUCUAAGUUCCUCAAGGCAAGAAGAAAUCAAUGAACCCUCAAGCAGUUCCAUGGAGGAGUAUAAGAACAUGAACAAAGAGGAGAGCCUCUUUUCCACCAUCGUUGAUGAUGAAUCUGUAACUGUAGCACUACACAUAGGCCUACCUAGCCCUAGUUCCGAUCUCAUGAGGUUCAGGCUCUCACAAUCUGCAGAUGUGACAAACAAAUUAGGAGGGAAUGGAAGUGCAGUUUCUGGGUAUCCUUUAAGCAAGGGACAGUACUGGAUUCCUACCCCUACUCAGAUUCUCGUUGGUCCUACACAGUUUUCGUGUCCUGUCUGCUGCAAGACCUUUAAUAGAUACAACAACCUGCAGAUGCAUAUGUGGGGGCAUGGAUCUCAGUACAGAAAGGGACCUGACUCUCUAAGAGGAACCCAGCCAACGGCCAUGCUAAGACUCCCAUGCUAUUGCUGUGCACCGGCUUGUAAGCACCACAUUAAUCACCCAAGAGCAAGACCUCUCAAAGAUUUUAGAACUCUCCAAACGCACUACAAAAGAAAACAUGGAAUUAAACCCUUCAUGUGUAGGAAAUGUGAGAAGGCUUUUGCUGUGAAAGGAGAUUGGAGAACCCAUGAGAAGAAUUGCGGAAAGAUUUGGUAUUGCAUUUGUCGGUCUGACUUCAAGCACAAGAGGUCUUUAAAAGAUCAUAUCAAGGCUUUUGGCCCUGGUCAUGGGGCAGUUGGUAUCGAUUCUUUUGAUGAGGAUGAUGAACAUGGAUCAGAAUUUGAGCUUGAAUGCGAUCAGCCCUCAAUGUGAAAUAAAAUCUAGCAGCCAGCACCUACUUACCUUUUUGGUUAGGUUAAGUUGUUUAAAUAUCGAAACAUUACGAGCCAUGGAGAUCGAGUUUGUUUAUGUAUAUGAACAGUUUUUUUUUUUUUUUCAUGUAUCUUGCUGGUGCAAGUGUUUGUUUCUCUUCUUUGGUUUGUCUCUGUAAAUCCUUCCACUUAAAACAAAUAAUAAAUGCAACCUAUUA